GGCGAAGCAAGAAACUAGUGACUAUCUCCAGCGAUCAUCAGGAACCAGGCUCUUGGAAACCAUCCCUCAACCCGUAGGUGAUUUGCGCCGCCCGACACGAAAACUGCAUCGGUGGGUUUCAACCCUUUAAGAGUGUCGAACCCUCGAAGAUGACACACAAACACCCGAUACUUUUUUGUCUUACAAUUAUGAUGUUUUUCAAUCCUAUUUACUCUGCUUACUUGGAAAUCCUUGAACUUAAUGAAAAUCCCGGUAUAGUUGCGUUCAAGACUAAUUCAGUCUUUAUAAAAGAAGGAUCUCACACACUAUUCCAUAGAUUUAAUUUAUUUUCCUUUACCGUCGUUCUCAAGCAGUAUGAAUUCAUUAUUUUGAGCAUUGAAGAAAACCCAAAGAUAGCAGAACUAGUUAAAAUUCUUAAACAAAAGCAGAGUCAGGCUUAUUUUAUCCUUGAAAAUUUAACCGCUAGAAGUAGAAAAACAAAACGAUCUCUUAAUUUUCUUGGGUCUACCUUAAAAAUGAUUACAGGGAAUCUCGAUAAUGAAGAUUUGUUAAAAAUAGAAAACCAACUUGAAAUUCUUAAAAAUUCAAAUAACCUUUUAGUAACAGAGAAUAAUGAACAAAUUCAAAUUAAAAAUUGUUUGAGGAAAGGAUUAACAAUAUUACUAAACAAGCUUAUAAACAGUCUAGGGAAAUAGAUAGCAUCAUUAAACAGACAAGACUGAGCUUAGACAGACCUGUCGAAUGGGAACAUCUCCUGCACCUACACAACAUCAUCUUCAACAUCGACAUGAUCAACCAGCAGCUGUCUACAAUUUUCGAGGCCAUUCAGUUGUCCAAGUUGGGUUUAAUUUCAAAGGCUUUCUUACAACCAUCAGAGCUAGAAUUUGCAACGAAUCUGUUGGAGUCACAAGGCGUUGUGAUUAACAGCUAUGACCAAGUUUAUGAGUUUUUGGAACCCAUAGCAUUCCACAAUAACUCAGACGUAAUCCUUCUCAUAAAAAUUCCUAAAUUCAGGCAAGGAGAGUUUGUGCAGCUCCAAAUAGAAGCCAUUCCACGACAGUUUAAAAUCAUACCGAUAAAUGCAACAAAAGCCAUUGUUGGUAACAAUGAGUCUUACCUAAUUUCCCAUCCAUGCAUGAACAUCGAGCAUAGCAUCAUCUGCGACGUCCAGAACUUGUUUAACACUUCAAAUGACGGAUGCUUACAUGAGUUACUAAGAGGAAAUACGGGUAACUGUACCUUCAUUAGAUCUCCAAUGAAACCUGACACAAAGGAAAUCGAGAAUCUCGGACUGUUAGUUAAAAACUCUGUUGAUCCGACUUCGAUGCAAAACAGUUGUGGAUAUGGUCCGAGGAAUUUAACAGGAACGUUUCUCAUAUCAUUUAGAGAUUGUUCCAUCACCCUCAACGGAAAAACCUUUACCAGCAAAACAUUCAGAGGAGAAUCCAAACCUGUCAUCUUACCCCUACAUUCAGUUAGCGUAGAUGAGUCACAGACAGAACCAGAAUCCAUUGACUAUAUGGAACAACUGCACAUUAGGAAUCGUCAUAAGCUGGAGCACUUAGAAACAGCAAACAAAAGGACUAAAGUGCUCAACAUAGUAGGAAUAGUUCUCAUCACAUGCUUCGUAGCAGUAAUUUUCGCUUUUCUUACGAGAGAAGUUCGUAAACUCAAAAUGAAGCUGACAAUACGGAUCCCUGCAAACAAUGCGUUGGAAAGCUCUCAAACAAUAUUGAACCGAGACGGUUCAAACUAAGGCGGGGGAAGUUAUGGACAUCCCUAAGCUCUACCCACAAUCUACGGUCUCUACCAUCGUGGACUAGAUGCUGACCAGGCACUUGGCAAACCGCCAUGAACACCAACACUUGGCGACAACAAACAUCAACCCUUGGCGACAACGAACUUUGGACGACGAGCAUACAGUUGCUGACAACGCAGUCAGCAAUCCACCAUGAGGACCGACCGUUGGCAACAUCGAAGCCCCGAGCGACGCGUGUCAAUGCCCCUGGAACGGCAACGGUCACCAAUACUUCGAUCGACGCAAUCCAGGCCAACAUCAUCCGAUGGCCUUUCGCUGAUGCCAGCAAGAUUCUCAUCGAGCCCCACCGGAGGACGCAGGUGCGCCCUCAGCCCAGGUGGUCGAGGCCAGUCAGUAAGUAGGAAACCUUGAGUGCGAGCAGUUAGAAGUUCUAAGUGAAGUCUGAUAGAAAAGUGUGGCCUUCAGCCGUAGGAAAGACUUAUGUAGCAAGUUCUAAGUGAA